GAUCUAGUUUGUUGCCGCGGGUCGGAAGUGAUUGGGAUGCUGUCCGGGGGGGUCGCCAAUGACGUCCACGCGCCGCAGCCGACGGGAGACGCGCGCGCGACAACAAACUUUAUCUCAACGCUCAACACUCGGCUUCAGCAGCACCUCGGCGAACAAUGGUCAAGCUGAACUUCACGCUGGUGCCCGAGGCUUCGGCCGCGUUGCACGAUGCUCUGGUCUGUUUGAACAAGUUCAGCGAGACCGUGUCCAUCGAGGCUCGACGCGACAGGCUGUCUCUUACCGCUCUCAACUCUUCUAAAUCUGCAUAUGCAUCUUUUGCCUUGGACGCCUCCAAGUUCUUUUCGCGCUAUGAAUUUGCUCCCAACGUCAACAGCACCGAGGGGAGAUUUACCUGCCGCAUCUACAAUAAGGCGCUUCUUUCGGUAUUCAAAGGACGCAUCGUGGACCCGAGAGGAAAAGCCACUGCCAUAGACAGAUGUGAGGUUAGCCUACAGGAUCGUCCGGAUGAGACCGAGUGUCGGCUCAUAAUCAGAAUGCUGUCUAAUAAGGGCGUAACAAAGACGUACAAACUUACUUAUGAAUCCGUGGAAGUCAUGCAUGCAUUGUUCGACAAAGCUUCCGCGCGCAACCGUUGGACUAUACAGUCCCCAAUGCUUAAGGAGAUUGUGGAAUAUUUCGGACCUAAAACCGAACAAUUAGAUAUCUGCGCCGAAGAUGGUCGAGUCACCUAUACCAGUUUCACAGAAAAGAUCAGCACUAGCAAAGAGAUCCUGAAGCACCCGCUCCAAACAUCCGUUACUAUCAGCACUGCUGAUUUCGAUCUUUUCAGCGCUGCCGAGAAAAUGCGCAUCAUAAUCAACGUCAAGGACUUUAAAGCCAUUGUUGCCCACGCUGAUACGCUAAAGACGGCACUCCACGCCUACUAUUCCAAACCCACGCGGCCCUUACAAUUUAGCUACGGCACUUCAGGCAUGCUCUGCGAGUUCACUCUCAUGACCAUCGGAGCCUACGAGGGCACACCUACUCCUUCUGCAGAUGCAUCACAGACUCUGCCUAGUGGCGCUAACUCGCGACGUCAGUCCCUCGCGACGUCGUCCCACGCGGGAGACAGAAGAGCACUGUCAGAAAUGCCGCCACCCUCAGUUCCCGCCUCAAGGACAUCGUCAACUCGCAUCCGCAGAGCGCCAGGCUCCGCAGCGCGGCCGGCCUCACAACUGCAGCAGCCCGCAGAGGCAGACUCGGAAAGCUUGUUCGUGCAUCAGGAUAACAAUGACGGGCGUUGGGAGCCGGCGAACUACGAGGAUGACGAGGAGAUGCUCGGCUGGGACGCCAGUGCGGAUGACGUUGGAUUCCAUCCGACAUUCCGUGAUAAUGCUUCUAGAACUUCUGGUAUACGGACCGAAGCCCAGGAGACUGCGGACGAAUUGGCACCUACGCAGCGGUUGUCAGAGAUCCAAGCUCACCAGCUGUGGUGAGCUGUGCAUCCUGCAGCUUUGCCGACGGCGACAUUGGCCUGCAGAGGCCGGCUGCAAGAGAGCGCAGUCACAUUUUGCCUUCAUAUCAAUCAGGCGCCCCAAUAGAUGCAUCAUAUUGCGCCAUGGCAGUGGCAUGGGGUUACUUGAUUGGAGAAUUGUUACACAACAUCCCCAGAACCCCCACGAAUCACACCCCAGGUUCGUGGAACGUGCAGAUUACAAGAGCUGCUGGGAGUGCAGUAACGCAGAUACGAGGG